AUGACUAACCUACGGAUCCAACUAUCCAACCGGAUGAAGGAGGUGUGCUUCGCCCGUGUUGAGAGGGAACGGACAAAAUCGAUGGGAUAUACCGGUGCCGCACACUUCGUUCAUGGCAUCCUUCAGACCAACUCCACUCAUGUUCAUAGCACGGAUCCAAAUAGCACCAGCCCCAACGACGAACACGGCAUCAGAAAUCAUGGCGACAUUUCCAACGGCAAAUCUCGAGCCACCAAAGGCAGCACGGAUGGGACGAACCUCGACCACACUCACACGGUCGGUGUCAACAGUCAUGGACAAUACACCAAUUCUUGCACAGGCGCACAUUGUAAUGGCGGAUGUGCUAGCAGCUCAUCCUCCAGCAGGAUGCAUCACAACGAACCCUCUUUCCGCACUCCUGACGUGAAUGGGGCAUGCGGGAACAGCGCCAGUGAAGCCACAAUCAUCAUCGCCACGGAUUCGAACCGGAUCAGCCCCUUCACAAACUCGAACAACGAGUCGGGAGACUGCGCCCGAGAGAAUUUCUUGCGGGGCCCCGUCGUAGAUGCCCUCUACAGAAGCAGAACAGGCGCUUCUCAACAGACCGCCGCCUGGAGGCCCGCAGCGCUUGGCCUGGCAACGGCCCCUCCGCCGCCUCGACACCUCCACGACAACUGGAGACAACGAGACGACCCGACGCCGACAGCUUUUCGGACCGCCGUGCUGGCCGUCCCGGCAGAGGAAGAGAGCCAGCCGCAACAACCGUCAUUGCUAGAAAGCCUCGAUCCUUCUGUGCCGGAUCCAGAGCGGUGGCAAGGAGUGCUCUACCAGAAAAAGGGCUGGUCGCUUGGGAUACUUGGCGAGGCGGCCGUGGCCUCUCGAACGGUUCCUGGCCCGCCGAGCGGGCUGAUUCUGAUGCUGAAAAGGAAGUACGGCGACAGCUGGCCUCGAGGGAACGAUGAGGAUGAGGGCAGCGAGGGUGUCUUGACUCCGGCGACGCUUGGGGAUGACGACUUGUUCGCUCAGUUUCAGCAUGAAUUGCCGGCGAGGACGAAGAGGAGGAAGACGCUUCUGGAAAUCUACAACGAAGCCAAAAAGGAGGCUGCUUUGCGGGAGCAGGGGCCCGGUCACACGCUGCAGUUUGGAGACAUGACAGCCAUAGAGCUUUCCGCUUGA